AUAUCAUUUCGUGUUCGAGAAAAUUUUGGUUCAUGGAGAGUGUUGGCAAGCAGAGGAUACUUGUUUGGAUUGCAGUAGAGAUUGUGAGGUGUACAGGGCAGCUAAUAGUCCAAUGCCAAUUCUGCUGAAAUCAUGGGAAAUUCACAUAAUAAUAUGAUUUAUACAGAAGUUCAGUCUUGCAUGUCAUGCCCACUCCAUACUUUUAGAUAACAGAAUUCGAUAAGCACAUAUUCUACCAACUUGUCGUCAUUCAGGUAAACACAUCUAGAGCAGAUAGCGGAUAUAUUCAUAGUUUAUAUCAGCUGGAAAUUGUUCUAUUUCACAGUUCUCGAAAUACUUCCUAGUUCUAGUUCAGUUUCGGAAUCAUGGCAGCCAAAGCAUCAUUGGAAAUGACUGGUGGCAAGAAUAUACCAACCAUAGGUUUAGGAACUUGGCAGUCGACAAACGAGACAGAAUUGGAGACCGCGUUGAACGCAGCUCUCGAAGCUGGUUACCGCCACAUCGACACUGCAUAUAUCUACGGAAACGAGGCCAUCAUUGGCCGCGUUUUGAACAAAUGGCUGACUUCCGGAAAAGUGACGAGAGAGGAGCUGUUCAUCACCACGAAGCUGCCGAUAAGUGGGAUCCACAGGGACAGGGUAGAGUUGUUCAUCAAGAAAUCGCUGGAGAAUCUGCAGCUGGAAUACCUCGAUUUGUACCUCAUACAUUUCGCCGUUGGCACUAAUUAUAUUGGGGAUUCUAUCAUACCGCCUCUUGAUAAGCUCAAGCUGGAGGACUCGGAUCAUGUUGGUGUUUGGAAGAAAAUGGAGGAACAAGUAGAUGCAGGCCGAACAAGGGCCAUCGGACUGUCCAAUUUCAACCAGAGCCAAAUAGAGAGAAUAAUCAAAGCUGCAAGAAUCAAACCUGCCUGUUUACAAAUCGAACUGCAUUUGUCUUUGCAACAACGGGAUCUGGUACAAUUCUGCCACAAAAAUAACAUCGUAGUGGUAGCUUACUCUCCAUUGGGGAAUCCAAGCUAUAAUAAGUUCUUGGAGAGUUUUGGACAAAAAGCAAGAGAAUUGCCUAACUUACUGCAGAAUCCACUCAUCAAAAGCAUUGCUGAGAAACACGGUAAAUCCAGUGGACAAGUUAUGUUGAGAUUCCUCGUACAAAACAACAUUGUUGCCAUUCCAAAAAGCGUCACUCCUUCCAGAAUAAAGGAGAAUAUCAAUAUUUUCGACUUCAGUCUAGAUGCCAAAGAUAUGGCCAGUUUGCAAGGGCUCGAAAUUGGUGAAAAGGCCCGUAUCUGUGACUGGAAAGUAAUUCCAAAGUUACAAGAUCAUCCAGAUUGGCCUUUCCCGAAAGAGUAGUAGGCAGUGGCGGAUUUGCAGUCUUGGCCGCCCAUGAAAGUUUCUCAUUGCCAACAUUCAACGAAAAAAUUCAGGAACUUAGUUAACUAUAUAUAACG